CCUACCUAAUUAUUUUUCCCACCCUCCGGUUCCGUUCUGUCCGCCAUACCAACUGCAAGCUGUUCCUCCUUCCUUCUGGUGCUGUAAAUAUUAGUGGCUGCUGCUGGUGGUGACUGAAACGCAGCCACGGCAUACACGUGUCAUGCUUGGCGUCUGGCCACCGGCACCCCCUCGGAACCCCCCUCCAGCUGCUGUACCUGCAAUGUGUGACACUAUAAGGAGCGAUUCGAUCCAGUGCUCUUGUUCGACAGUAGCAUCUCACGCCGUCGUUGCUCCUUUAAUCCACCGACAACUUGGCACUGAGUCGAACAGGCUAGAUGGUUGCACGAGCGCUUUUCACUAUUCACCGCAAACAGAUCUCUAGCUGGGAUCUAGUAAACACGAGUCAGCUCUUACUUCCAAGCACUCCGUCUAGUCAACUACAAGCUGUCAGAGCAACGGCUUACCGACGAGACAGUAUAACUAGUCGGCAUUCCAAUAGAAGUAGUAAACCUAGCAGGCCUUAUUGAACCUAGCAGGCCUUAUUGACAUGCUUCGCACUCGUCGCUUCCUUCAGCGAGCGACGGGUUAAGACGAUCGUCGUUCUUAGCCUCCAAGCCGUAUGGCAGAUUCCUCCCCGGGGAUCGUCGUCUCGGGUUUACUAGCUAUAGCACUUUCGGUUCUUCUCUUUUCGGUUCUCACACACCCGGUUAACGCAGCAGACCACACGGCUAAAGCCCACGUGAUAAAGGAUCAUUCUGCUACAAGCCAGAUCACUACAGUUCCGUCGGAUCUGGAUUCGUCUCACAGUCGGCCUGUGGCUCGGUCUAUACGAACAAAGCGACUAAGGGCUGUUGCGGCACGGGAAAAGGCGUGGAGAAAUCGAGUUCCAGGGUCUGCUUCUGACUCGACUCAAAUACGGGAAUCGGCAUGGCGAAAGCGAGUUCUCACGUCCGAGAGAGAGCCACCGCUUGGGAGCUUGCGCCAUGCGUGGCAGCGAGUUCUGACGUCAGCACAGCGCAAAGCGAGCAACCCGUUCAAGCUCAAGCAACCGGAGUUGAAGAUAGAAACGGUAGACUGGUCGGUGAAGCACGCGCGGCUGGGCGGCGACCCGCUGAACGGCUUCGAUGUGUUCGUGACGGGCGUGCUCACGUUCAACGCGCUCAUCUACAACCCCAACCCGUACGGGCUCAAGAUCAACGCCAUCUACGUCCACGCGGAGUACAACGGCACAUUCCUGGGCAACUCCAAGCUCCCUCCCAUGAACGUGUUCGCGCUUAAGUCAUCUCCAGUAAAAGCACCGUUCAACCUGGAGAAUCUACCUGUGAAGAAAGGAUGGCGCAUAUACCGGAAUGGGGAUGUGCUUGCAGCGAAGGUUGACAUCCAGGGGUUUGGUAGAGUCACAUCCUUCGGAAUCAAAAGUCCUGUGAUGCAGAUCUUAACCACAUGUAACAUUAUGUACGUGCUCAAAGGGGGGAAGAUCCUUUCCCAAAAAUGCUCCAACCCAGACUAUGGGUUAGGGUGAGGAUGCAUGGAACGGUGUAUGGCGGUCAAUCAUUCAUGUUAUUGGAGCAUGUGGGUCGUCUGCUGGUAUAGAAGAUGCAGUUACGAGAGAUGGAGGGCACAGGGUCAAGAGUAGGGCUGGGUGGGGUCUACUCUUGCCUCUGUGCCUUCACUAUGCGGAGUGCUUGGUUCUAGGGCUUGAUGUUUGCGCUUCAUAUAUUUUGUUAUGAAUGAGCACUCCACUUUGUGCUCAUUAUAGUUUUAUGAGUUGUAUAAUAAGGAAUUCGCGUAUCUGGUGCCAUUUCAUCGCUCUU